UGGCAUUAGAGGAAAACCUUGUGGGAGAGAAAUUGCUGGGUCUGCGUGGGGAUCCUGGGAGGAGGACACGUCACCUCAUCCACCCUGCAGGCUCUCCAUGGAGACCUUCCCGGAGCCCAGGGCAUCCGUGGGAGAAAAUGCACUUGAGGAAACACGGACGCCUCCUCGCUCACCUGGGGAGACCCAGGAACACUGACUGACCCGUCAACCUGGCCUCUGCCCCUCUGCAAGGACAUCUUCAACCCAGAGAAAGGACGGAGCAUGGGGGAACCCUUGACCUUCAGAGAUGUGCCCAUCGAAUUCUUGCAUGAGGAGCAGGAGGGCCUGGACCAGCUGCAAUGGAAAUUGUACAGGGACGCGAUGCGAGAGACCUACAGAAAUGUGGUGUCCUUGGGUCUUGCUGUGUCUAUGGCCGAGCUGGUCAUCUUGUUGGAGCAAAAGAUGGAGCCCUGGGAUGUGGAGAGAAGUGCAGAUCCCGUCCUCCUCCCAGGCAGCGUGUGGCGGGCUCUGGCCAGGAGACUCCGGACCCCGGCAGCCGCCUCCGUCCUCUGUGCUGGACCCCAGCGCCCCCCAGCGCCGCUCCCGAGCCCUGGCGCGUCUGUGAGAGCAGCGACCAUGGACGAAUCUCUGGCUGCCCGCCCUGAGAUGAGAAAUGUUUCCUCAGAGGGGACGGUGUCAUUUGAAGACGUGGCUGUGAACUUCACGUGGCAGGAGUGGUGGUACCUGAGUGAAGCUCAGAGGACCCUGUACUGGGAUGUGAUGCUGGAGACCUACAGUCACCUGCUGUCCCUAGGGCAUUGUGUUACCGAUCCUGAGGCGAGCAUCAAGUCGGGGCAGGGAUUACAACCGUGGUCUGUGGACGAUCCCCCAAACCGGGACCUCUCAGAUGUCCAUACUAUGGAUUACUUGACUCAGGGCAGCCCUGCAAAUCAGGGCAGACAUGUGUGGCAGAUUAUUACCGCCAGUAGCAAAAUACCAUCCAAGGAGAGAACUGACUUAUGGGGAAAAAGCAUUUUGGAGUCAAUUUGUUGUUUAAACCAUAGUAUCAAAAAUGGAAACAAUUCAGCGAUGAUGCCUGAGAACUUUGCUAUACAUGGGACCAUGAUUUUCCCUGGUGAGCCUCAUGAAGAGCAUGCUGGAGAGAACAAAGAGAUCUUUAGUAGAAUGAGGGAACCCAUCAAGUAUCCUGAGCACCUUAGUCACCAGGUGAUUCAGAACUUUCAAGAGCCCUUUGAAUUUCAUGAACAAGGAAAAGUCUUGAGUGAAGAAACAGUAUUUACACCUAGAGGAUCCCUCCCGGAAGGGGCUGCCCGUAAAUGCAAUGAGUGCAGGGACACCCGUGAUGAGGCACCUUUCGAUGUCCGAGACAGAACCCAAAGGGGACAGACUCCCUGUAGUUGUACUGAAAAGGGGAGAGCUGCAAAGAUGACUCCAGUUUAUUUGAAUCCUCCUAGAUAUGCUGAAGAUGCGCAGCAGGAAUGUUAUGAAAGUGGGGCCAGUCUCAGGAACACAUCUCACACCUAUCCGCAUGAGAGUACCCAGUUAGGACAGAAUAAUUUUGGAUAUAAGAGAUAUGGUGAAGCGGCCUCUAAAACCUCUGUUCUGACUGAACAUCAGAAAACAAAAGCAGACGAUCAACCUGAUGAGUGUGGGGGCACCUCUGAAAUUUCCUUACAGAGGGGACACCAGAGAAAUCUCACUGCAGUGAAGUUGUUUGGCUCUAACGAUUACAUGAAAACUUUCUCAUGUAAGACUGCCCUCACUGUACAUCCACAAUCUCAAACAGGAGUGAAGCGCUACCUGUGUCUGGUAUGUAACAAAACUUUCAGGCAGAAAUCUGCUUUUAGUGUCCAUCAGAGAACUCAUAGAAGGAAGAAACCCUAUGAAUGUCAAGCAUGCAGGAAAGUGUUCUCCCGUAAGUCAGUUCUUGUUCGACAUGAGAUGACUCACACUGGAGAGAAACCCUAUGAAUGUCAAGCGUGCAGGAAAAUGUUCUCCCGUAAGUCAGUUCUUGUUCUACAUCAGCGGACGCACACUGGAGAGAAACCCUGCGUGUGUGAAGAGUGUGGGAAAGCGUAUUUCAGUAAGUCAUCCCUUAGUCGCCAUCAGAGAAGUCACACUGCAGAAGGACCUUAUGAAUGUCAAGAGUGUAGGAAGACUUUCCACUGGAGAUCAUCCCUCAGUCACCAUCAGAGAAGUCACACUGGAGAGAAACCCUAUGAUUGUGAAGAGUGUGGGAAAGCUUUUUCCACUAAGUCAUCCCUCAGUGACCAUCAGAGAAGUCACACUGGAGAGAAACCUUAUGAAUGUCAAAAGUGUAGGAAGACUUUCCCCUGGAGAUCAUCCCUCACUGUCCAUCAGAGAAGUCACACAGGCGAGAAACCCUAUGAUUGUGAAGAGUGUGGGAAGACUUUCCGCCAGAAAUCAUCCCUCAGUCACCAUCACAGAAGUCACACUGGAGAGAAGCCUUAUGAGUGUCAAGAGUGUGGGAAAACUUUUUCCAGUAAGCAUGCUCUCACUAGACAUCAGAGAAGUCACUGGAGAAAGUCCCUAUGAUUGUGAAGAAUGUGGGAAAACUUUUCAGGAAGUCAGCCCUCACUAGGCAUGACAGAAUCCACACUGGAUGGAAAUGCUAUGACUGUCAAGAGUGGACAGGCAGGCCUCCCCUGGUGGCGCAGGUGGUUGUGCGCAGCGCUGUGAAGCUGUCCGUGGCCUUUGCAAUGCGAGUUUGAUUCCCUGGCCGGCCAGGAGCAUCCCCAUGGUGCGGCAGACCUCUCCUGUAUCGCCCGCUGCGUGUAUUUCAGCAGAGUAUUUCGGUCAGUCUGCCUGUUCUGUUCCCCGUCUGUCUCUGGUGCAUCCUCUCACCCUCCCACACAUCUGGCCUGUACCCUGGUUCUGGUAUGCUUGAAUAAAUAAAAAUCUUUUUAAAAAUAUUCAAACUUGGCCCUCCCCAGUGGCGCAGCGGUUGAGCGCUGAGUUGCAAAGCUGCCCGCAGCCUCUGCGGCCCCGGUUCGAUCCCCGGCUGCUCCCCAGCCACCGGAGGAGGGUCCCACAUGGCGCACAGACCUCUCCUGCCGCCCGCUGCUCCCCUCAGCAGUGUACUUCGGUCCUUCUGCCUGCUCUGCUCUCCACUCUGGCUCUGGUGAAUUCUCUCACCCUCCCGCACUUCUGACUGUAUACCCAGUGCUUGUAUAAAUAAAACAAACAAACAAAUAAAUAACAUGCCUCUAUUAAAAAAAAUAUAUUCAA